AUGCACGAUGAUUUGCUCGGAAAAAAAGUAGACGAGAUAUUGACAAUGGGGGAAGGUGUUAAAGCCCUUCUGUUUGACGAGGACACAAAGGUGAUUCUUAGCAAUAUCAUUCCUCAUUCCCGAUUUCUUGAGAACGACUAUUUCUUAUUUGAUAGUAUAAUGAACAGAAGAAGAGAGAAGAUACAAGGAAUCACCUGUAUAGCUGUAAUACGCCCGGAGAGCAUAAGAUGGCUGAUAGAAGAGGUGUCGAGCCCCUUUUACGAGAGAUACAUAAUCCUGUUUACAAACCAGAUAGAUUCCUUGAUGCUAGAAAUUCUUGCUACAAGCGAUGUAUACUGUGUCAUUUCUGAAGUCCACGAGAUAUAUAUGGACUUUUUUAAACAAGACAACUUUCUGUAUACACUCCACCGGACGAAGGUCGACGACUAUGCAUCUCCAUCCAUCAGGAAAAGAGCUUUAGACGGGAUUUUCUCUCUUAUUAUGAACCUUGGAAGUAUUCCAACGAUUAAAGUUCAGGCUGGAGAUAAGUACCUCCUUGAGGACUCUGACAUGUUGAACACCAGGCUUACAGGGCUCAAUCUCGGGCAGGGUGGAACACUGAUAAUGCUGGACAGAUCUUUUGAUCUUUACACACCGUUGCUAUAUGAAUGGAGAUAUCAAUCCUUACUUUAUGAACACACAGAAUACGAGAACGGCAUUGUCAGAAUUGGAAAAAAAAGCUACUCUGUAGUUGGAGAUCCAUUUUUUGAUGCUUCGAAAUUUAAGGACAUAUAUGAGGUUUCAGAAGACAUCAAGGGGCUGAUCAAGAAGGCGGAAUUCAAAAAGAAGAGGCUUCAUGAAUUCAUUUUUGACGAUCUCGAGGAAAAUACCAAGCUCUCUAGACAGCUGGAAGCACAUCUUGCACAGCACGGCCACGUGAUGAAGGCAUGCCUCAGGCUCAAGGAUUUAAGCGAAAUAGAAAUGAGCAUCCUGAAAAACAACAAGGUCAGCAAGGAGGAAAUUGACGAGUAUCUUGCAAGAAAGGACAUUUCGGUUAUAGAGCGGAGCAAGCUGCUUAUAAUAUAUUCUCUUAAAAACAGAAAGAAUCCAAGCAACGAGGUCAAAAGGCACCCAGACCUUAUAGACGAAGUUGAGGCGUUUACAAAAAGAUAUCCACUCUUGAUGCCCAUAUGGAGGCACUAUGGAUAUCGCUUUGAUGACGAUGUCGAUAUUAAGCUAGGGUAUCAGCCUGCGAUCAAAAGGGUUCUCCGUCAUUGGUGGACAAGCAGACUCGACGGAAAGUGCUUUUCUACUGCAAGGGAGUCUGAGAACCCAAUGAGCUACAUAAUAGUUUACAUAAGAAAUGGAAUCACCUACUCGGAAUAUCGAGCCCUGUAUGAAUAUUAUAGUACAGAAAUGGAAGGAAAGUCAAGGCUCUAUAUUGUUGGUGAUUCAAUGAUAUCCUACAAGAAUAUUAUGAAGGCCAUUUAA